GCUCCUACUGAAGCUCAGUUUUCCGGUCAAGUAAUCUGCUUCUCUCUUUUUCCCUCUUUUUCUCCUUCAAGGGAUUUGGAGAAUUUCCAAUGGAUUCCAGGCUUUGCUUGCGAUUUGGAUCUCGUCUUCGUAGCACCCUCUGCAAUUCUCUGUCGACCGGGGCUCCCUUUCUUUGCCAUUAUCGAAUCUCCACUUUUAAUUACUUCUCCUUCUGCUAAUCUUUCUAUUGCUCCUGUCGAAUUGCCCUUCUCAACUGCUGGAUUCCGAUAUCUAUCGACCCUCCGUCGCCAACCAGUUCCCAAACGAACCGUCGAUAUUGGUGCCAGAGCUCGUCAGCUUCAGAACCGCCGGCUUUGGACUUACGCACUUGACUUUCAGUUGCGUUGCCGGUUUCAUUGUGACUGUCAUAAACAAUUUCCAGGACCAGUUGGUCUUAUAUGUCACCCCAACAGAUGCCAUGGAGAAGUAUCUGGCAAACCCAUCGAAGAGCAAGUUCAGGUUAAGUGGAUUGCUUGUCGAAGGAAGCGUCACUCAGCCCGCUCUGGGAUGGAGUUUGUAAUCACAGACUUGAUCACGGAUAUCUUGGUACGGUACGAGGUUUCACUUCCUGAUUUGUUUAGGGAAGGGCACUCUGCAAUUGUUGAGGGAUUCGUUUGUCUAUUUACGGAUGAGACAAGGGAGGAGUUGUCUUCGGCCGGGAAGCAUGUUUCUGCGAAGGCUAGGAGUGGGGAUUGUUACUUUGCUGCAGCUGAGGUGCUCGCUAAGCAUGACUAGAAGUAUAUGCCACAGGAGGUCGCGGGCCAUAGAGAGGAAUAAAGCUCAAACAGAGGCCGCAUCCGAGCAAGGAAGAGCCAGUGUGAGUUGAUUCCAAGGUAACAAUUCUUUUGCAAGCUAUAUUGUCCUUGCUACAGAGUAAUGGGUCAGUAGCUAGUUAAUGAUAGUGUAAAAGUGUAGUUUUAGAUGGCAAUAUAUGUUUACUGGAGAGGAGUGGCAUGGUUUUUUAUCACACAGAGUUGUUUCUUCAUUUUUGUUAUUAUAAUGCGGAAUCCAAUGUUUCUGCUCUCCUCAAUUCUUUUUUUGUCUGGACAAAACAAGCAAGACAAUAUAUGACUAGUUCCUA